UAAUUCAUAAAAGCCUAAUAUUUUGCAGUAUUAUUAAUAAUAAUAGCAAAACAAGUAUAUAUUAUUUCAAAAUGUCUGGAGGUUACGAUUACGAAGUUGUUGAAGAUGUGAAACCAGAUUUGUAUUGCGUCAUAUGUCUAAACUUGAUGAAAGAUGCUAUGCAGUUGGAAUGUCCUCAUGGAAUGUGUAAUUUCUGUUUCCAGUCUCUUUCUAAGAGCUCAAAGGACAGGAAUGUGGAGUUUUUAUGUCCAAACUGCAGAGCGCCUAUCGAUGAGUAUAAAGUACGCCCUGCUGGUAUGGUGAACAGGAUGAUAUUGUCAGUAAAAGUUAAAUGUGUUAACACCAAAGCUGGAUGUGAAUGGACUGGUGAAGUUUCAAAUAUGAAGGACCAUCAAAACAAUUUUUGUGAGUAUCAAAACAUUACUUGUGAUUUUGAGGGAUGCAAUUUGGAAGUUCGAAAGGCGGAUAUAUUAGAACACAAGAAGUCUUGCAACUUCAGACGGGUGUUAUGUGAUUAUUGUCAAGAAAGUCAUGUGUACAAUGAUAUACCGACUCAUUUACGAACUUGCCUACUUUAUCCUGUUAUCUGUGCUAAUGCUUGUGGUGAAAUCAUUCCCCGUAACGAGAUUGCUGAUCAUUAUAGUAAUGAAUGUUUUUGUCGUCCUGUCGACUGCAUGUUCAAACAUCUGGGCUGCGAUGUUCAGGUGGCAGCUGGUGAAUUAGACAAACAUAUGUCGACAGCAUUGCAAAACCAUUUAAGCUUGGUGAUGAAGGAUUCGCUCGAAACUAAGCACGAAUUAAAAGAAACACAGAAGAAAUUAAUGGCUGCUGAAGCUGAAUUGGUUGAAGUUAAAAAAGAAUUACACCAUAGUGUGGACAGCAUGAAAGAACAGUUCACAAAUGGAAUUAGUUAUCGUGAUUGCCUUAAAAAUAAGAUUGAUAUAGAUGAUAGCGUCAUAAGCAAUAGCAUAGUAGGAAUGCUGGAAAAAGAAUACAAUUCCACUUUCAAUGAAUUAAAAUUGGCAAGGUCAAUGAAGGAUACUGAUUAUUACUCAUCCUUGAUUAUUACAGAGUAUCAAAAUCUGGACAUUGAAAAAUAUUUAAUAGAUGUUGAAAAUUCGUUUAAUAAAGAAAGGCUUUCUCAAGUUUUUCUUGAUGCUUGGAAAAGUUAUAUUAGAAACAGAAUACUAAUCCGUGCAUCAUUUCACCAUGUGAACAGAACACAAAAACUAAUAAACUAUGCUGUAGAGCAACUGAGGAUACCAAAGUACGUGUUUAAUAACAAUAUAGUUGUUGAGGUUGAGGCCCCUAAGUAAAAAAGAGAAUUCCUUUUUAAUUUUGUAACACAUUUAAAUGUAAGAAAAUACAAAAAAAAUUCGGUAAAUGCCUACAAGACUGUAUUUACUGUGUAGUUUUGUUAAGUGCAGAAAGAUACUUUGGUGAAUGCAAAAAAAUUGUAAGAAUUAUGCAUUCCUGAAUCUUUUUAACAAAUUUGUCACUUGAAGAAGAAAAGGAAAUGAAAAAAUUUCCAUUUCCUUCUUGACAAGCAAUGCUUGCAAACUAGGGAAUCUUUUUUUUUUUGAGUUCAUAAAUUUGACUAAAAUUCUGAAAUUUGCAAAACUUUCUGUACUUAAAGUAUCAACAGUUUUAAUGUACAAAUUUUGUGACUUCAAAAAAUUGUCAUUAACUAUUGUGUGGCAAGCUGUGCUAAGGAGGGAAGUUAUUUUUCAAAACAGCAUUCAUAAAUUGACUUAUUAAUACAAUGACUGGUAGCCUCGUAGCAGAGCACUCUUUUCCAGGGCUGAAACUCUUGGGACCAAAUGUUGGCUGAGCCAUGUCAUCCUAGUAUCGAUUCUUUCUGCUUAGUGUUUAGCAUUAGAACAGGAUUGAUAUGUUGUCGUCUAUUGCACAGCUUUUGUAGCUCUAACAGGAGGUUUAAAUGCACUAGGACCCCCUACACAGGAUCCUCGAUGAUAUGAACCAAAGAUACUAUCCAGAUUAAAUAAUUUCUAUAAUGAUAGCUAUUUAUAUGUGCAUUAGUGUUUAGUUACAUGUAUUUUUCUUAUACCAUUCCAAAUUUUGUCAUAAUUUUUGUAAAUUUGUUAUUAAUUUUAAAAAUGUAAACUGUUUUUGAUUUUGCUAUCAGUUUGCUCAAUUAAUGUUAUUGUUUCUAAAUAAAUCAAAAACUUUUUUAUAAUGUUUUUUCAAAUUUGUUUUUUUUUUUAGAAAAUAUUGUAAUAUCGAGUGUAAUCGCUUUUCUUAUAAAAUAUCACUAACAUUAGGAGCUUACCAGUUGUCUUUAUGGAUUUUAGCGUUUGGACAGUAGUAAUGGUGAAGCAGGAUGGGGUCAUAGCCUUUGAGCCUGGAAAUUUAUGACUAACAGGCCUUUGUGAUAUGCUUUUUAAGAGUGUACUCUUAGUGUAUUUAUUUAUUUUGUUGUAUUAUUUUUUCCUAAUAUGCUGUACCUUUAAUAGCAAGGCUGUAUGAAAAUCAUUUUUCUUGAAUAUCAAGUUUUACUUGAA